CGUUUUUGGAAAUCUCACAUGUUCAUGUGUAAUUUGAGAAAAUUUUUAAUAGUUAUUGGUUGAAGACAAGACAUUGUUAGUUUUCGCCAUGGAAACAGACAUUAGAAAAUCACACCGUAAAAAGCAGAGUGGUCCAAAGGCAGAGAAGAAAAAGAUUAAAGAAAAACACGAUCAGGAGAUGACUGCAAAGCAGCGCAAUCCCAAAGCCUUUGCUGUGCAGUCAGUGAAGAAGACUGCCAAGCUUGUUCAAAGAACUCUAGACAUCAAAGCAAAGAAGCAUCAUAUUCCUUUGGUGGAUCGCACCCCUACGGAGCCUCCCCCAGUGGUUGUGGCUAUAGUAGGACCUCCCAAAGUGGGCAAGUCUACACUGUUACAGUGUGUGGUCAAAAACUUCACCAAACAAAAAUUGUCCAAGCCUCAGGGACCUGUUACAGUUGUCUCAGGUAAACACAGAAGACUGACCAUUGUUGAGUGUAAUAAUGACAUCAAUUCAAUGAUUGAUGUUGCUAAAAUAGCAGAUCUGGUUUUGCUGCUGGUGGAUGCUAGUUUUGGAUUUGAGAUGGAAAUCUUUGAGUUUCUCAACAUAUGUCAGGUACAUGGCUUUCCUAGAAUCAUGGGAGUCUUGACACACCUGGACUCAUUUAAAGACAACAAACGUCUCAAGAAAACGAAGAAGAGGCUGAAGCAUCGGUUUUGGACUGAGGUUUAUCAGGGUGCUAAGCUGUUUUAUCUGUCGGGUAUGGUGAAUGGAGAAUACCAGAAGAGAGAAGUCCAUAAUCUGUGUAGAUUUAUAUCUGUGAUGAAGUUCAGACCCCUUCUGUGGAGACUAAACCAUCCCUAUGUUCUGGCUGACAGAAUGGAAGAUAUCACAGAUCCAGGAUUGAUGAACAGAAAGCCAAAGUGUGACAGAAAUGUGUCCUUGUAUGGCUAUGUGAGAGGCACACACUUCAAGAACCAGUGCAAUGUCCACAUACCAGGGUGUGGAGACUACAAAAUCCAUGAUGUGCAGUAUUUACCAGAUCCAUGUCCCACCCCUAGUAGUGAGAAGAAGAGGCGGUCACUCAGUGAGAAGGAGAGGUUGAUCUAUGCCCCCAUGUCAGGCGUGGGUGGGGUAGUUUAUGACAGAGAUGCUGUCUACAUAGACUUGGGUGGCAGUCAUUCCCACAGAGAAAACACAGAGCAAGAGAAGAAGCCAGUAAAUGAGCUGGUGUCCAACCUGAUGACCAUGGAAAUGCCUGUAGAUGACCGAAUGACCAGCACCUCUCUGUCCCUUUUCACUGGUACAGCUCCUUUAAAUGUUGACAUGGCAGAUGGUGUGGAGAAGAAUGCAGAUGGUAGAAUUAGCAGUGAGGAAGAAAGCGAUGAUGAUGGUGACGAUGAGAGUGAUGAUGACGAGAACAGCGACGAUGAUGAUGAAAAAGCAGAGGAGUCUAAAGCUUGUGAAAGUCCUAGGGUAGCGGCUGUGGAGAAACAAGAAAGUGAUGAGCCAGUGAAGAAGAAGGCAAAGCUUCAGAUAUCCAGGGAAGGUUUCAAGUUUGCUGACAGUGAUGAUGAUCUAGAGAAUGAUGACGACAUGCAACAGGCCUCGUAUCACAAAAGUACACAACACACUAACUUAAAAGAGAAAAAGUUGCAAAGAAAAUCAAAAGAUGAUGGUGUCAGAGAGACAAUGAACUCACACAAGGAUGAAAAAAUGAGGCAAGGCAGUGAUGAUAGUGAUGAUGAUGACAGUAAUAAUGAUGAUGAGAGUAUUGAUGAUGAUGCCACAUUCUCCUCUGCUGAAGAAGAUAAUGAUGUGAAGAAAUCAAAUUUAAAGACCAAAAGAAGGGAGAAAUUGAGGACUAUAAAUGUUAAUAAUGAAAGUGAAAGUGAUGAUAAUAAAAAUGACGAUGAUGAAGGCAAAGAAGACGAAGGAGAAGAUAAUAGUGAUGACUCAGAGGAAGAUGAAAAAAAUGAUGAAGAUGAAAACGAGGAGCAAAGUGAUGAUGGCGUUUCUGUUGAACAGUCUGGUUUGUCAUCCUGGCAGGAUUCUGUCAGUAUGGCAGACAUAAAAGACAAAGCUGCUGAUGGUAGAGUGGAAGAUCAAACCGGUGAUGUUAGGUGGAAGUCUAACAUGGUAGAAAAAGCUGCGGAGAAUUUCAGGCAAAGACAGAAUGAGAGAAUCAACUACAGGAAACUUGUUUAUGGAGAAGAGGAGGAUCUCCCUGAGGAGGAAAAUGAAGAAGAUGAAUUAGGAGGGCUCUUCACUGUAUUAAGGAAGAAAAGUGAGAAGAGUAAAGCAAGUCGCGUGGUGAGGGAUGGUCUGGACUGCUCACGGAGUCCCCAGGAGGUACCAGUCACAGAUGUGGAUGAGCUGAUUAUCAGUAUUCGGGAUUGUUUUGUCACUGGGAAGUGGGAGAAGUCUGAAGAUGCAGAGACACUCCUCAAACAGGAUGAUGAGCUUUAUGGAGACUUUGAGGAUUUGGAGACUGGUCAAGUAUUCACAGGAGGUGAUGACAGUUCACACCACAGUGACUCUGAUGACGCUGAUGCUGACACUGAUGACGAAAUAAAGGAUGAGCCAGAGGAAGAAGAAAGAGUGAAGAAAAAGGCUGAAAUGACAGCUGCUGAACGACGAGAGAGGAAGAAAAGGAAACUGAAGGAGCGGUUUGACAAUGAGUAUGAUUUGAAGGGAGAUGACCAGUUCUAUGAGGAGUGGAAAUCUGAGGCAGAGGGUCAGGCUAGGCUGAACCGUGAGGAGUUUGAGAACUUACCUGAGGAGGUCAGAGUUCAGUAUGAAGGGUUCAGGCCUGGAAUGUACGUCAGAGUGGAGAUCAAGAAUGUGCCUUGUGAAUUUGUGACCAAUUUUGAUGCGACAUACCCUGUGAUUUUGGGAGGCCUCCAAAAUGUGGAGAGGAACGUUGGCUAUGUGCAGGCAAGGUUGAAGAAGCAUAGAUGGCACAAGAAAAUACUGAAGACCAGGAAUCCUCUGAUUAUCUCCCUUGGUUGGCGACGUUUUCAAACCAUACCUCUGUACUCCAUUCAGGACCACAAUUACAGGAACAGACUGCUGAAAUAUACCCCUGAGCAUCUGCACUGUCAUGCUUCAUUCUGGGGACCUAUCACACCUCAGGGGACUGGAUUAUUAGCUGUGGAAAGCGUUUCAGAGGUUAAGCCUGGGUUCCGUAUAGCUGCAACAGGUGUAGUGCUGGAGUUGGACAAAUCUAUACCAAUAGUCAAGAAGCUGAAGUUGACAGGAGAACCAAUGAAAAUCUACAAGAAAACAGCUUUUGUACAGGGAAUGUUUAACUCAAAACUAGAGGUUGCAAAGUUUGAAGGAGCUAGCAUUCGCACUGUUAGUGGUGUUAGAGGACAAAUCAAGAAAGCCUUGUCAACACCAGAGGGUGCCUUCAGAGCCACAUUUGAGGAUAAAAUAUUGAUGAGUGACAUCGUGUUUGUGAGGACCUGGUUCACGGUGGAGGUGCCCCAGCUGUAUAAUCCUGUGACCACCCUACUGUUACCACGGGAGGAGAAGGCCCGCUGGACAGGCAUGAAGACGGUCGGGCAGCUCCGCAGGGAGAAGGGACUGCAGGGACCCCUCAACAAGGACUCUCUAUAUAAGCCUGUCACAAGGAUUAACCGUGCUCCGACAGCAUUAGAUCCCAAAGACCUGCAGAAGGAGCUCCCAUUUACCUUCACUCCUAAAGAGGUUCAGGCCAAGAAAUCCGAGCCCUUCAAGCGGAUUAGCGUGAUCCGUGAGCCACGAGAAGUCAAGAUGGCUAAAAUGAUGCAGAUGCUGAAAACGUUGCAUGAGCACAAGUCCAAGAAGACAAGAGUGGCCAUGAGAGAACGUGCCGUUAAACACCAGAAAGAGGCGGAGAAAAUUGAGAAAAAGAAGACACAGAAACAGAAAGAAGUGAAGAAGGAGAUUUAUAGAGUUCUUGGUCAGCUGGAAAAGAAAAAAAACAGAAACAAACCAGGCUAAAAUAUUCACAUUUUCUAAGAAACCAGUUGUAAGACUUUAUUGCAUAUAUUAUCAGUAAGACUACAUGUAUAUUGAAAUAGGUGUGUUGUUAAUUGUUAUA